UUUCAGAAUGUCCACAGAACUUAUCACACAAUUUGACAAAGCCCUUCAACUAAAUGUGGUCCUAGUCCGUGACAAGAAAACGGAUCCUUUCAAGAAAUUCGUCUUCGACUCCAAAACCAGCCAGUUCAAAGAAGCCCCAAAAUCCGUCAAAGUCAUUGAUCUUCUUCCUCUGUAUGAAUCCGACUGUGAUCGUCACAAAAAGCUGAUCUUCUGCAAAAAUUUGAUGAAGAAUCGGCAGAUAUUCAAGUACGCCUAUAAUACCGAAAACGGGAAGUUUCAAAGAGUGCAGUGUACGUGCUGUGAAUAUAAAAAAGAGCUUGUGGGAUGCCAUUUGAAGACUAUAAAGUUGCCAGAAAAUGAUGAAUUAGUUGACGAAGACAGCGGAAACUUUCUCUGGAUUCAGCCAAAAUAUUCAUCAAUCUGUGUUAAAACUAACAACAUGGCUGUGAUUUCUAGAACUUUCCCUGAAAACUUCAAGCUCGACGCUUACACUUUUGACCCUGAAACUCAAAAAUUCGAGUUAUCAAACUGCAAAUGCGAUGGAUGCUCAAAUAUCGACUAUUCACUGAGCUCUUUUGAAUUUGGAGCUCAGGGAAUUGGAUAUCAAAGGACUCACAGAGAUCAGAAUGGACUUCCUCUUGUCUGUUUAUCAAUUACUUAUAAAAAUGAUAAGACAGGAGUUAUGGAAUACUUUAGUGAUCAGAAUGGAUUUAUUGGAAAGUAUAGGUUUGAAACAGACUGCUUUAGAUUAGUAGAAGAGUUGGAUGUGAGGGUUCAUAAAUACUUGGAAACUUCGAGAAUUUCUACAAAAAAACCAAGAUUAUUGAUUGAUGAUCAGCUAUUUAUCCAUUACAAAGAUAAUUGUAAGAAACUUGACAUGCCAAUCUACUUUGGAUAUCAUUUUGAAGAAGGGAAAACUCGCAAAUACUUGUUCAACAACCGAACAUUACAAUUCGAACGUAUUAAAUGUCCAGAUUGUAUAUUUGAUUCGAGGAAAAUUGUGAGAUCAAGAGCUCUCACUACUGAUCUGGCAGUGAUCAGAUGUGAUCUAACGAGCAAGAUUAUCAAAUUGAAGAGGAAGCCGAUGGGAAGAGUUGAGAAGUCAAUUGAAACGAGACAUGGAUUUUUGCCGUUGGGAAAAGCACCGAUUCGAUUUUUGAAGUACUUGGCAGUAGAAGAUAUCUUGAAACACUACACUCCAAUCCGUCGAAAUCCUUGUGAUCCUCAAUAUUUCCAAUCAUUCGAUUCCAAAAACGAGGAAAAAUGGUUUCUACUCAAUUAUUCCAAUUUGUGCGAAAAAAAGAAUAAUAUCAGCGCAAUGAUCAUCGGAAUGGAUGGAACUAUUCGAAAUGUUGUACUUCAAGAUAAAAUGGAAAAAGAGCUGGAGCAAUUUGAAGAUGAAACUUCCUGGAGUCAAGAUAGUGAUUACUCAUUUUUAAAUGAAAUUGACAGAGAAUUAACAAAUACUGAUAAGAAAAAUGUUUAAUUAUCUUUUUGAAGCUUUAUAGCAUUUCUACCUAAUUUUAAUUUUGACAAAUUUUUUUGUAAAUUUUUAAAAACUUAAAUGUAUUUAUCAAAUCAUAUACAUCUCAUUCAUUUUUCCCAAUAAAGAAUCCAGAAC